CGCGGCGGGGCGGGGGGCGGCGCGGGGCCGCCUGCCUCUCUGCGUCGCGCAGGUCGCGGCGGGCGGCGCGGGAGGGUCAUGGCGGAGCUGCGCGGCCGCCUCGAGGCGCUGGAGCGGCGGCUGGAGCGGGCCGAGGCGGCGCUGCGGGCCGGCGGCGCCUGGGCCCCGCCGCUGCCCCCGGUGCCGGUGACCUUCGAGGACGUCGCGGUGUACUUCAGCGAGCAGGAGUGGGCCAGCCUGGACGAGUGGCAGAAGGAGCUGUACGGCAGCGUGAUGCAGGGGAACUACGAGACGCUGGUUUCCCUGUACUGUGCCCUGUGCAAGCCUGACCUCUUAUCUCGGAUUGAAAGAGGGGAAGAGCCAUGUGUGCCAGCGCAGUCAGGCCUGGAGAGAGCGGAGGUGCCUGCGGAUCCACCCACAGAGCUGGACUGUCCUAGCUGUGCGAGCAAUGAUGCUCUGCUGCAGGUGAAAACAGAGUCUUGUGAGGGGAACUGCGGGGACCUGGAGGAAAACAGGAGCCCAGCAGACGCACCAGACUGCUGCGCAUCAUGUGUCCCUCAUGGAGUCCUUCCUGUCCCAGUGGAUCUCAGCCAACCAACCCCUUUUCCACCCCAACCUCUCUCCAUGUGCUCUCAUGAAGUGGUGAAUCCGAACCAGCCUCCAUCUCCUCCCCCUGCAGCAGCAGAUGCUGUGGUGGGGAUUGCAGCGGAGAUGCAGCAAGUGGAGGUUGCUGUGGAGAAGCUGCCAACACCUGGAAUGCCUUUGAAGAGGCUGGAAGAGGAGGAUGUGAAAGAUUCAGGGAAAGGUGGCCAGGAUCCAGUGAAUGAUGUUCCUGAAGAUCCAGGUAAGGAGGAUGUCCCAGGUCUUUGCAAAGCAACGGCAUGUGCAGAUCCAAGCCACUCAGUUACUUCCCUGGGGAACCCGGUGGAGGGUUCCUGCGUGGGCAGAACUGCGGCCUGCCAGCGAAACUCCACUCGGGAGAAAUUCUACACGUGCCCUGUGUGUGGGAAGAACUUUCUGCUGAAGAUAAAUCUCAUCAUCCACCAGAGGAGCCACGCCAGCUGGGUGCCGUACAUCUGCACGCACUGCGGCAGGAGCUUCAGAUCCAAGAAAAAAAUCCAACGUCAUCUGCAUAUCCGGGCAACCAGGGGGUCCUGCCUGGCCUCCGAUGCUGAGGAAUGCUCUGGCUUGGUACCGUGCCCUGCCUCGCAGUCCGUUGCCCAAAACAGGGGCACCGUUGCUGAGUGGGAGAAGUCCAGCCCCGGUCGGUACCCGCUGCCUCCUGGGAAAAUGAGGUAUACCUGUACUGAAUGCAUGGAGAACUUCUCCAGCCAGAGCUUUCUGAUCCUGCACCAGAGGAUGCACACUGACCAGCACCUCAUCCUCUGUCCCUGCUGCAACAGGAGCUUUGCCUGGGCCUCUGACUUUGUCCGCCACCACCGGAUCCACACGGGCGAGAGGCCGUAUCAGUGCACCGAGUGCCAGAAAGCCUUCAAGCGGCACCACCACCUCGUCGUCCACCGCAAGACCCAUGCGAGGAGGGAAAGGCCGUACUAGUGCAGCCAGUGUGGGAAGAGUUACCUCUGUCAGCAGCACCUGUUUAAGCACAGAUGUGUCCGCGUGAAGUAGACGGUGUAGUGGAAUUGGGGGUGAGAGGAGGGCGUGGGACACCGUGCUCAGCCCUGCCCGGUGCCCGACACCAUCCGUGCUCGCGAGUUGCUCCUCGCAUUUGAGCAAUGGAAGAGCAGCUGCAGCGGGCAGAGGCGCUGCGGGAGAGCAACUGGGCGAUGUUUAGAUGAAGGACUCUUCCCUUUUUUAGAGAGUAUAACUAGGUGGCUGUAGAAACCAGGUUGCUCCUGACAGCUGAAAACUGCUUCCUUUGGCCAUCGUUUGCAGGCACCAGGCUGAACCCCGCCACGGCCAGGUGCUGGCGGUGGGGCAGCCCGUGUGCCGCUGCUUCCCAGGCGGUUCCCCGCGAUUCCCUGGCCUCCCCACGUAGCCGUUCUGCGCAGGCUGUGUGGGGCAGGUCCCGGCAUUGCUGUGCGGGACGUGGGGCAGUUUGUGCACUGGAAGAGCCGCCUGGGUCUCCCCCACCGGCCUGGGAGGCGUGUGAUACAUGUGAAAUUAGGGAAGCGAGUGGUCGUUUUAGAGCUGAGGAGCUGGGUAUUGAGCUAAUGGGGGGAAAUAAGUUUGGAUAAAAAUGAUGGUGAAAUAAGACUUGAGCAUUCUCAGGGCAGAGUGGGAGGCUGGAGGGCUUCAAGGGAGCAGGCUUAGGGAAUGGCUAGGCUGGGUUUUGUAGGAAGAUAAUCUAAGGAAGGAGGUCCUAGGACAAUUAGGUCGGUGGGUUGCUGUCUUGAAUUUCACGGUGUGCCUUUUUCUCGGUGCCGCUGGGUCCUUUCCCUUCAGCAGGCAGGGGCUCUCCUGGACCUUGCUCCGCUCGCUCUUUCGGGUAAUUAAUUGGCCAGCGGGGCCGGGGGGUGCUGCAGCCCCAGGCGUUGUCCUGCUCGGGGGGGUCUGGCGUUCAGCCCAGCUGCAGCCCCCGCCCGAAGGGCCGGAGUGAACGUGGAGAAUGCAGGCUUGGGAACUGGUGAGGGAACAUCUCUGGGAGUGCGCAGGGGUGCUGCGAGGCGACGCUGGGGCGGUGGCGGGUCCCAGGCUGACCUGGCGACGUUACUGCCGUGUACCGAGCUGGAAUAAAGAGCAGGAGCCGCUUGUGUCCUGUG